UUAACACAGGCAGUCCUCAAAAAUGGAGUUGCAAGCUAUGGAUAGAGCUAGGACACAUCAACCCUGUGCAGCUUGCAGGACGCUGCGCCGGAGAUGUGACAACAAUUGUGUCCUCGCCCCGUAUUUUGCAGGUGAUGAGAUUGAGAAAUUUAUUGGUGUGCAUAAGGUCUUCGGAGCUAGUAAUGUUAUCAAAAUGAUUCAGAUGGUGGAGGAGACGAAGAGGGAGGACACCGUGAAGGCUUUAGUAUAUGAAGCAACAGCAAGGCUCAGGGACCCGGUUUAUGGAAGCACCAGAAUCAUUUUUUACUUGCAGAAAAUGGUGGAGGAACUGAAAGCUCAGCUGGAAUCAACUAGGGCUAAAGUUUUUGAGGUCCAACGGCAAAAGGAUGAAUUGUUGGGCAUUUUAGUGAGUGUUAAUCAGCUUGAUCUUCUAUCAGACAUGGAUGAUCCAUGGUUUUAUGGUGGCAGUUUAGAAUUGGAUUGUGAUACUAUUAUGGCCUUCGAUCCUCCCCAACUCCCAACAGAAUGUGACUGGAUUUCAUGAAUCUCUCCCUAUACUAUAUCAUGUUUCGUUAUAUGGUUAUAGUUUAGGAAAACCUUAGGCAACUUAUUCUUUUUUUCUUUUUUGUUAAAAUAGAUGUAACUUGCAAUG